AUGCGUUUCCAGUCUUUCCUUUCAACAGCGUCGCUGCUGGCCUUGGCUGGCAUCGCGGCUGCCGAGGGCGACUCCGAUGUCAUUGACCUGAACCCGUCCAACUUCCAGUCGCUCGUCAGCCCCGAGCCUUUGAUGCUCGUCGAGUUCUUCGCGCCAUGGUGCGGACACUGCAAAGCUCUCGCUCCCGAAUACGAGCAGGCGGCUACUGCUCUGAAGGAAAAGAACAUUAAGCUUGCCAAGGUCAACUGUGUCGACGAGGCCGACCUUUGCCAAGCUCAUGGCGUCCAGGGAUACCCCACUCUCAAGGUCUUCCGGCAAGGCGAACCCACCGACUACACGGGUCCCAGGAAGGCUGAUGGUAUCAUCAGCUACAUGACCAAACAAGCCCUCCCUGCUGUUACCGACGUGACGGCUGCGAACCACGAGGAGUUCAAGAAGGCUGACAAGGUCGUCGUCGUCCUCUACGCCAGCAGCACGGACGCCGCCCCUGCCCCGGAGUUCAGCGCCACGGCGAACAAGCACCGCGAUGACUACCUCUUCGGCCUGUCCACUGACUCCGCUGCUAUCGAAGCUGCCGGGGUCAGUACCCCUGCUAUCGUUGUCUACCGUCAGUUCGACGAGCCCCAAACUGAAUACCCGUACCCCGUCGCCUCUGCCACGGUCAAGGACCUCGAGGACUGGAUCAAGGAGCUCGCCAUCCCUAUCAUUGAUGAAGUCGGCGCCGAGAACUACCAGACCUACGCCCAGAGCGGGAAGCCCCUGGCCUACCUGUUCCUCGACCCCAGCGUCGAGAAGCGCCAGGAAUACAUCGACGCCAUUCGCCCCGUCGCCGCCAAGUUCAAGGGCAAGGUCAACUUCGUCUGGAUCGACGCGAUCAAGUUCGGCGACCACGCUCGUGCGCUCAACCUGCCCGAGCAGAAGUGGCCCGCCUUUGUCAUCCAGGACCUCGAGAAGCAGCUCAAGUACCCGCUUGACCAGAACGAGGAGUACUCGCCGGCGGCUGUCGAGCACUGGGUCGACCAAUACGUCGAUGGCAAGCUCCAACCCCAGCUCAAGAGCCAGCCUAUUCCCGAGACCCAGGACGAGCCGGUUUUCAACUUGGUCGGCAAGCAGUUUGAUGAGGUUGUCUUCGAUGACAGUAAGGAUGUCUUUGUCGAAUUCUACGCAUCAUGGUGUGGUCACUGCAAGCGCCUGAAGCCCACUUGGGACAGCCUUGGCGAGAAGUUCGGUGAUGUCAAGGACCGCGUUGUCAUCGCCAAAAUGGAAGCUACUGAGAAUGAUCUCCCUCCUUCCGUCCCUUUCCGCAUCUCUGGCUUCCCCACUCUCAAGUUCAAGCCUGCUGGAUCCAAGGAGUUCCUCGACUACGAUGGUGAUCGGUCGCUCGAGAGCUUGGUUGCCUUCGUUGAGGAGCACGCCAAGAACCCGCUCGAUCCCAACACGCCUUCCCAAAACGCGUCUCACGAGCAUCGCGAGCAUGAUGAGCUCUGA